CUGAAUCUCUAGCAAAUCCGACAACAAGGCUGAAGGGGCAAGUUCAAAAAGCAGAACAGCUACAGGGGAUAAAAACCGGACAGCUACAGGGGAUGAAAACCAAGGGCUGAAAGAAGAGAAUCAAGAGAAAAGAAGACCAGAUGGGGAGGAGGACAUCUUUAGAGACCUACUAGGAGGAGGGGAUGGGUCUAGUUCAGCAAACAAAGAUGAAAAUCAGGAUGCAUCAAACAUUCUCUUCCAAGAAUUCAUGCAAGCUGUUGAACCAGUAACCAUGGUAGAUGAGCAGAAGAUUAUGCUGCAUAUGAACAAUUUAGAAAGAUUGAUGAUGGUCAAUGAUAGCCUUGUCACCUGUUGCAGGGAAGGGGUAGGAUGGAGAAUCGCUGUUCACCCUUGCCAGAUGAACAAGGAAUCUUUCACCUGUGACAAGAAUCCUCUCUACUCUACUCUCAUCUUCGGUGCUGAUGUGGAGUCUAGCCAUCACGCUCUCAACGGACACGCUUCAUCAUCCAAUCAGAACCCAGGAGAUAGCAACGAUGAGGAGGUGGAUGCAACCGCUGGUGUUGGUGUGUAUGGACUGGUAUCAUCAAGUUCCCAUGGCAACUCAAGUACGAUGAUGCAGUCCUGCGCCAUCCUUGUGAUGUCUGAUGCCCUCUUCGAUGCAAUGUGGGGGUCGGAAGCAAAUCUAGUUGACUCACCGGUUAUUAUCAUCACCUUACCAGAUGGAUGUGUAUAUUCCAUCCUCUUGAAAAGCUUCCAUCCAACAUCCUUUUCAUCCUCCUCAGCCAAGGCUAUCAGACUUUUGUGUCGCUCCCUGGAACCAGUCACCCAGGUCUGCAUCCUCAGCUACAGCAACCGGUCUAAUCUGGCUGGCUCCGGUUUAGACUGCCUUGUACUGGUUGGUGCUGGAGGGCAGCUCAUGAUUUUCUAUGGAGAUCCAACGGAUAGUAAUUGUACUGAAAUCAGUAGGCUCCACACCAGUGCUUCCAUUUCAUCUGCUGUUGGGACGAAGGACACUUUGAUAUGUGCCUCAAACUUUGACCUGAGUUUUAUAACCUUUCACAUGAAAGAUGCUGUUCUACAGAUGACUAUGGACCGUUGCAGCAUGCCUGGAUUAGCAGCAAUGGCUCUUUUAAAAGGUACCAGUUCUAGUUACAGGGUACUAGCAGUCAAGAAAAACGGGACGGUACUUCAUCUAUCAUUACCAUCGGAACACACCACCGACAUUGACCAUGCAGAAAUCAGUUCCACAGCUGCCAGACAGCGUGUCCACGAGGCCCUUCGUAACAUGCAGGAGGUAUCAUCCAAGAUGGCCGCUCUAACAAGACUGGGCAGCAGACAGAGGGCAGUGCUGGAGGAGCUCAGUAGUGCUCAUCACAUCGUCUGUCAAACCUGGGAGACAUCACAUGCCUUUGAACUUGAGUCCAGAGUGGAAUGCAUCCUUGAAAAUGGACACAAAAGGACCAAAGUGUCUUGCAAAGUGACAAACUGUACCUCGUGGACCAUGUCACAUGGUUGGACUUUGAUGGGCACUGUGUCAGGUGAUUGCGAUGAGAGGUCGAAGGUCAGUGGUAGUAGAUACCACAGGACUAAGAGUAUCCCACUUGUAAAGUUUGUACCAAAGACCAGCAUGAUGCUUAGCUUUGUGUUGGAUGAAUCAGGGAUGGCCUCGUCCUGGCCACUGACAGUGCAAUGUUCACUCUGCCUUGAUCUGUCUGCUCUCCUGGAGGACACUCUCCAAAAGGAAGACAUCAGCAAUAUUGCAGAGAGUUCCGUCACAUUGGAUGGAGAGAUAGAGGGCGCUGUGUUUCUGAUUGGAAGCUCAAAGGUCGAUGCUCUGGACUCACUUCAGCAGAGAGACCAACGUGGUGCAGGAACUGAGAGACGUUAUCAAGGCUAUGAUUGGACAGGAACAGCCUUUGGUCAAGUGCCUGGAGGUCCCAAGCAGCAAGAGUCUUCUGCAGCUCGUGAUAAGAUGGCUUCCAUAACAAUUCAGCUUGAUAAGAAUCUGCUGUGCAGUCACACUGAUGUUGCAGACGGUAGCAGGAUCCCAUCAAAGCAGGUGCUUCAACAGCUGUUGCCUAGCAACCAGUCAGUAAUGGUCAAAGAUUCAUGCAUUGAAGCUGUGACCCCUUGUGGUUGUCUAGUUUCAAUUCAGGCUCUAGAACCUAAUGCUGAGGUGAUUUCACUUCAGAUCACUUCAUCAGAUGAGGAGAUAACCAGAGGAUUGGUCGAGGCAAUUCAUCGAAGAGUAAAGAAUUCUAAACUCAUGUCUGCUGGGUUUAGGGUGGACCUUGAGAAAAUGAACAAAGAAGCAUCCAUUGUUGAGGGCCACCUUGGGAAGCUGAUAUCAAUUAGUGACCAACUCACCUCUGACAAAUCAAGAGAAGACCUCAUCCUACUAGUCAAUGAACUCAUCCAUCUCCAUGGCAACAUUAGAAGCCAGAUGAUAUUACAUUAAUAAUAAUCCAAAAAUCUCACUAUUGGAGAAUAGGGAGUGAUAUAUAUUCCCAAAACAUAAGGAGUCGGAUAUUAGUCCAUGGACAUUGAUAUUGAUUAACCAAGAUCUUGCCAUUAGAGAAAUGUAAUUAAGAAUCUCUAUAGCAACAUAAGGAAUGAGAUGAUAUCACAUUAAUAACAUUAGAUUCCGUCAAUGACAGACUCUGUUGAAAAGUGUAAAACUGUGAAAUGGGCAUACACCCAGUUCUGUGACUUUCUGCUACAUUAAUACCUGAGGAUUUAUAUCAACUUAUAUGCCACUAAGUUUACAAAUGUUUAUUAUUAAUGAACUUCUUGUGAGAGUCGAUCUUUUAAUCUUAGUACGCAUCUUACUUCAUCAGAGGGCUUUCUUCACAUAAAUAAAUAUCUUCUUUAAAUUUAUUAAGUGCCAAAUAUAAGUUUGCCUCAGUAGUAUAUAUCACAUACUAGAAGAUACACUACUGGAAAAGCAAUUUCUACACUGCCUUUCUACAUUGUUUAACUUCAGGGUAAUUUACAUCUCUUCAUGUUAGAUCAUGUGUUCAUUGUAAAACAAGUAGCUACAAAUGCCUCUGCGGUUUUUGCUAUGUGACCUUGUAAUCAUUCAGAUUCUUUGAAUGUAAUUUACUCCAUACAAGCAUGUAUUUCAUCAUGUGUACAGUCACUGUAAUGACCAAUCAAAAUUGAAUGUCGGCUGAUAUUUUUAUUUUCACAUUAAAGAUAGUUAUUUCAAUACUAGAAA